GAGGAAGAAAAAGAAGAAAAGAGAACUAAAACGGCGUCAGUAAUCCAAUUCCAACCCCUUCCUUUAAUGCCCAAGCGCCGUCGAGCUGCCUUUGGGCUGGCUGAGAACCUCUGGAUUGUUUAAUAGAAAGAUUUAUAUACUAACAGUAUUAUUUACUUUGGGAGGGGAGGUGGCAGUCUAAGAGUAUGCUAAUUAGCUAAAGAUUGGGGAGGGGGGCACGAAGGGGGUGGAAUAUCAAUUUUUAUUGCAUCACCUGUCAGGAGUGUCCAAUCAGCGCUGGCUUUAGGGGAAUUAAUUGAUGAAGGUGUCUCCGGACGAGCUCACUUCACUCUGUCAUUUGAUUUGGAGCGAAAGCAGCGGCGGGAAGAACGGCUGCGUGGCUCUUCUGCCUCCUUCAGCAGCCCUCUGGCUUUACAUUCCUUUAUCCUGGGCUGGACAGGGGGAAGAACCGCCAGCCCAAGGACACAGGUAGUGAGCCUGCCUCCUCAGCUACGUCGCCAGAAAGGCCGGGGCCACCAAACUGAUAUAUUCCCUCCCACUCCCCAGGACAUGAUUUUUUUAUUUCCACCCUCCAGGGCUCUUUCCACUUCUCCUCCUUUCUGCCUUGAGCUUCUGGUUUUUUUUUUUUUUUUGGUAGUCCUCAGAAGUUUGAUCAGGAAUAACACGCUUUGUUCUUUUCCAUUCAGUAGGAUGCCUUGAGACCAAAUCCAGCAUCUGGCUGAGGAUUUUUUAAAUUGCCUUUUCGUGAGUGGAUUUCUUUUCUCCCUUUCUCUAUCUCUGCCGCCCCACCCGCCCGACAUCGCACCUUUUCUUCCUGCUGCUGAUCGCCGUUCCAACUUGUGGGGUGCACGGCGGGCCGUCGCCCAUCCAUUUUCCGCUUCCCCUGCCCAGAUGCUAGGCUUAAUUUAAGGCGCACCAUGGAAGAUUUGAAGUCGGGUUUCGAAGAGGUGGAUGGCGUACGCCUGGGCUACCUGAUGAUCCGGGGCAAGCAGAUGUUCCCCCUCUCGCAGGUCUUCACAGACCUUCUGAAGAACAUCCCGCGCACGACGGUGCACAAGCGCAUGGACCACCUGAAAGUCCAAAAGCACCAAUGCGACCUGGAGGAAUUGCGGAAGCUCAAGUCCAUCAACUCUAUAGCUUUCCACGCCGCCAAAUGCACCCUUAUUUCCCGCGAGGACGUAGAAGCGCUUUAUACCUCGUGCAAAACCGAACGGGUCCUGAGGACCAAGCGUAGGGGAGGCGCCAAGGCGGGCCAGGGGACCCUGCGCCCCGACCCCUACGCAGCUUUUUGGAAAGGCGGCGGCAAACUUUGCCUGAGCUUGAAAGAAGGGACUACAAGCCAAGCCAGCAGCAGAAAGAAAGCAGCCUGGCGCAAGGCGGCGGCCGCGGCGGCGGCUGCACAAGCAGGAGCUUUCCUACCGGCCUCCGAUCUACCUCAUUUUUGGAGCAAAUCCGCCGGGCGCAGUUUGCCAAGCUUUGCCCGACCGCCUAGCAAUGAGGCUGUAAACUAUGAAACGGCCCAGCUUGGCCAGGAUUAUGUUUCCCUGGCCACAGAACCCGCUUGUUUUCGGAGCCUGCUCUGCUCCAAGCAUCCUCAUUACUACUACCAUUCCUCGGCCGCCAUUGCCACUCAGCCUAAGCUCGCGGCGGCGGCGGCGGCAGCAGUCUCUAGAAGCAAACGGCUGGGUCUAGGCUGCAGAACGAAGCGGAAAAAGAGCACCGAGAGGCGCUUCUCUGCCGGGUGCGGGCGGCGUGUGGUGAUUCUGCCCCGAGCUUGCAAAGCGGCUCGGAGCGCCGUGGCGGAGAGGCUGCCUGGACUGCGCGGUUUUCUGACCCCGCAGCCUGCCCCGGCUUUCCCGGAGCCUUACAGUAGCGACUCGGAAUCCAGCUCCUAUUCGAAUCAAGCAGACAACGACUCCGACUUCUGCUCCAGCUUGAGCAGCACCAGCAAUUCCGGUUCUUCUGAGGAAGAAGAGGAGGAAGGCAGCUGCGCCUCGGAUUCCAGUGAGCUGAGCUCUGACGAAGAAGAGCAAGAAGAGGAGGAAGACGACGACGAGGAGGAGGAGGAGGAGGAAGAAGAGACCAGCUCGGAAUCUGAGUCUAGCUCCGGUUCCAGCCACGUCUCGGUCCAGAGUAUCCGCUUCAGACGCACUAGCUUCUGCAAAUCGCCCAGCCUCCAGACUUCAGCUAGCCUCGUGCCCCAUCCGCCCCAUUUUGCUAGCCACGAGGAGCUCCCUGGUCCAGCGCAAUUCGUCAAAUGCGAAGCGUCGGAAGAACCUGAGGACUGGAGAAACCCGCCUGGCUGGCUUUCAAAAACUGAGCUCGGCUUGGACUGCACCACUCAUCCUGCCGGCAGCGCAUACUUAAGAUUGCUGGAGCAGCCCACGGAAGGAAUCAGUGACGGCCAGGGAAGAUCCCUUUUCACUGGCGAGGACCAUUCCACACUCGUGCCUGAGGUAAAGUCUCUUGACCUGCCUGGGGUCCCCUGGUUAGCCUGCGGUGACUCUUCUAGCUCAAAGCCAAACCACAUUUUGCCCCAAGCAAGAUUUUUCAGAGACAGCCAGAUCUGCCAGCCUGCCCUUGCUGCUCACCCUCACCUUUCUUUUCUUUCUCCAACUGGUGCAAACAACACCACUGCUGCCCUAACCUACCUGUCCAAGGAGCUUCCGGGAAAUGUCCAGCUCAAUGGGAGACCAGCCACUUGCCAGGGAGUUGCUGUUGCCAGUCCAGAUCUCCAAAGCCAUGUCCAGCCCCUCUCUUUUGUGCCCAUUGCCCAGAUCAAAGUUGAGGACAGCAGUGCUAAUGCUGAGUAUGGAGCUCUCCCAGUACAGAUUCCUCUGAAAUGGGAAGGGAGUGACCAGGAGACCAAGGUAGAGGCAGACCGCCAGUCAUCAUCAGGGCCCAGUCCCACCCAAAAUCCUGGAACUCUUCUGCUGUCAACCAAGGCAGACCCUACCUGCCUGGAGGACUCUCCUAGCCCUCCCAAGAGCACUCUGUGUCCAGCUUCUCUGAGCAGGACCCUUGCUGCAUGCACUUUAGGCACUGCUUCUGCUGCCAAACCUGAAGAUGGGGAUUACAAAUUUGGAGCCCGGGUGAGGAAGAACUAUCGCACCUUGGUCCUGGGCAAAAGAGCCACCAUACCAAGCCCAGCACCACUCAAGCCAAAUCUGAAAUCAGCACGCAACCCCCGGCCACCUCCAGAGAAACUCCCAGAGGCACAGGAAGGCCUCUUGGAUGAUUUGACUGUUCUUAACCGACGCAAGAGGGGGGCCAGCAAUGUUACCUCUACCCUCAAGAGGCCAUUCAGUUUCAUGGGCAACUUUCCUUGCCCUCCCUCCUUGGUGAUUGGCCCAGAUGGAGAUCUCUCACCAGCCUAUACCUUAAGCACUGCCAAGAGUGCCCAACCACCACCUAAGGCCCAUCCUAUCUGGAAAUGGCAGCUGGGUGGGUCACCAAUACCUCUUCCACCCAGCCACAAGUUCAGGAAAUUGAACUAAUGACAGAGCUUGGAUGGGAAUUCUACUUUUAUGGUUGAUGUGAGGAUGGCUUGAGUUUCUGAAUUCAUCUUAAUAAUAAUAGUAAUAACUAAUAUUUUGAUUCUCCCCCUUUCCCAACACCUUCUUUUCACUACAGUUGAGGGUAGCUACUCUGGUUUUUCUUCUAUCGCAUCUGCUUGCAUUUUUAUUUUUGGAGUUCUAGUUUGUCCCUCCCAGUCACUGGGUGGAAUACAGCAACAAAAAUUGGAUUACUUUUUUUGCCAUGAAAACAGAUCAUGGGGAAAGAGGGUAAUAGCAUGCAUGAAGGGAGAGAGAUCUAACAUUCCACAGACUACUUCAAGCAAAAGUCUCAAGUUAAUUAAAAACAAGCAAACAAACACCUCAGUGGACUCUCUCAAACUGAAACACUUUACUGUCUCAGAUUGUUAAUAAUGCACCUGGUACCUCAAUUCAACUGUAACAAGUAAAUGUUUGGGGUUUGGGUUUAGUUGAAAGAUUGUUUGAAUGAGCCAUUAAUAUGUAAUGCACUAGAUCUGGAACAUUGAAGUCUGUACAAUUCUAUUCAACUUUCUUCAGCAAGAAGUUGCACAGGGACUUUAUCAUUCAGUUGUGGGGAGGGGGGGUGCGCGCUUCUUCUUAACUUCUAAGUAUUUUCCCACCUCUUAAUCUCCACCUCAUCUCCUUUCUAUCAAAAUAACUAACAUGCCUACAUUUAGCAUAGAGUGUAUGUUUCUAGAUCAUUGCUGGGACAAUUGUUUCUUUCACAGCUGAAAAUCAAUAGAAGCAGUUAAAUUUAGUUGGAUUCUUGUUAAAAUUAAAAAUAAAAUGUCCAGGACCAGCCAGUUUUAAAUAAGGGAGCAUUCUAUCCCAUCCCAUAAUAAAUUGUUCAGAAUGUCCACAUAUCAUAUCUUGAUUACAGCAUUGACUCUGCUGUAUCACAGAUCAGACUGCAAGCUUCCUAGCCCCAGCCCCUGACUGAUUGAUAAAGACUGCAGUCGUAGAAGAAUUAGGAUUGGGAUGGAGUACAAUCUUAAGCAUGUUUUAUUGAAAAGAUGAAGGAGCAUCUAUAACUGUGUCUCUCUCAGAUUGAGAAAAAUCAGAAUACUAUUUUUUUUUUCAGAUUUCCAUUGCAGGAAAUGCAAUCACCCUUGCCCCCAUGUUUAAAUUCAACAGAAGCCCCAAAUUCCUUACUUUCAGUAGCUGCUGUGAUUACCCAAACUCAGGUGUCUGAAACCAGGAUGUGACACUGUUUUCUUACAUACCUGGAAAUUUCAGUUUUCCCAACCAUCCUAUCUUUGUAGCAAGAUCAUUUUUACUGCACAUGACAAUCAGAGGCAAUUGUCUAUAUUUGCACUUAAAAUUUGUCAUAAUUGAAGCAAGCGGACUUCUAGAUGUUGUGAUAAUGGAAACAGUAAAUCAAAAUGAUGGAAAUUUGCAC